AUGUCAGCCACCGCGCCCAUUCCCCGCUCCAGUCAACUGACCGGCUCGGCACACCUUGUGUCCAAUCUACGGACUGGCAACGUGGCUGUUCCAACAUCUCAAGGUUCUGACCUCCGAUUCGAACACCACAGUCAGCCCGUCAACGCAAUUCUUGGAGAAACGUAAGGAGUAAGUCUCCUACCAAGCGAUAUCAUGGUUUCCUUUGAUGUUACGUCCCUUUUUACUUCUAUCCCGCAGGACCUGGCAGUCGAGAACAUCGAACGACGAAACACAGAAUCGCCUCGGACACGCCCAAAUCAUCCGGCUCCUGAAGUUCUGUCUCAAGACGUACUUUACGUUCGACGGAACAAUCUACGAGCAGGUGAAGCGAACGCCAAUGGGUUCGCCGAUUUCGGGACUCAUAGCCAAGGCGGUCCUACAACGGCUGGAGUCGCUGCUUUUUCGACACCACAGACCGAAAUUCUGGACUCGGUAUGUGGAUGAUACCUUCGUCUUCAUCGAACGGGAUCAGGUGCUGAUAUUCAAAGAACAUUUCAACGCCGUCUUCCUGGACAUUCAAUUUACGAUGGAGGAGGAGGAGGAGGAGGAGGAAAACAACCAGCUGGCCUUCCUGUAUGUCCUCGUCUGCGGCAAAGAUUGUGGUGGCUUAAAAACCAAAGUGUUCAGGAAAGCGACAAAUACGACGCAAAUACUGAAUUUCAAUAGCAUCCACCCGAUCAGUCACAAACGCAGUUGCUUAAGGGCGCUAUACCGGCGCGUUGAGACGCACUGCAGUGAAAUAGAAGACAAGGUUGCUAAAUUACAAUAUCUUCAACGAGUAAUGAGAGCCAACGGUUACCCGCGCAACUUUGUCAACCAGUGCAUACGAAAAGGACACCAGAGACCAAAUCCACCCGGCCCCAAAUUUUGGCGGGCUCUUCCGUACGUGAAGAACGUCUCCGAAGGCGUCAGUCGUCUUCUCACUCCACUUGGAUUUGGGGUUGCACACAGAUCGGAAGCAACCAUUAGGCGCCAAGUUAUGAGGCCAAAAGGCCCGCUGACACGGCGGGAAAAGUCUGGAGUCGUUUACCGGAUCUGGUGUAGUUGCGGACAAAGCAGUUAUGUCGGGGAAACUAGGAGAUUACUCCGUACGCGAAUUGCCGAGCACGCAGCAGCAGUGAGGCGGGGAGACGCUAACUCUCAAGUGGCGGCACACUCGACGGGACCCGGCCAUAUUUUCAAAUUUCAAGAGGCCGAAAUCCUCGCAGCGGCUGACAACCGUGUGAGCCGCGAGCUGCUCGAGUCAUGGUUCUCAGGCCCGCAAUCCAUCAACAAGCACAAUGACCUCCCGGGACCCUAUUCCGUGCUGCGAUUUUCCCUGGACAGGAGAAGCAGUCACGUGGGGAGGGCGCGGGCGAGCAAUCAUCACGGUGACAGUGAGUCAGUUUGCCGAGCAAUCGUCACACCAGCAUCCAGCACGGAUGACGAAAUCGCGGCAAUUAACGACUCGGACUCGGACUGACAAGCCACCACCGCAUCAAUUACGACCCCAGCAGUGAUUGCGAGAACUGUUAAUUGCAGUGCGCGUGCGGUCCCACGGCAGCCACGUGCUAUAAAUACUGCACUCCUGGUGCCACCAUCACCUGUAUCUGCGAAUGUCUCUGAUGAUGGCUUCGAGUGAGAAUCCGAAACAUCAUGCAAAUAAAUUUCUUGUUCCAGUGAUCGUAUCUUCAUCUUCUGAUAUCCUUUCUGUCUAAAUGGCUAAUCCCGACCUUGGAGUGUAUACGCAGGUUAAGCGGUGGAGCUGCGUAUUGUGCACUACCCGUAUCUGGUGCUUCCUCUCAGCUGCAUUUCCACUUGCUCAGAUGCAUUUUUUACAUGGAAAGUGGUUUUUCAUACGUCGAGGCGCAGUCGAGUGGGUACCCACUGCAAUGAAAAUUAAUUAACGUUUUUUUAUUUCUGCAUGACAAUUCUCUUUUCCCUAGUGGUGUGUUUUGACGCCGUUUAAUAGGCUCCUGACGGAGUUCUCAUGGAAAUGGGAUGGUUAUUCACCCCACCCAAAACACCCGGCACCCAAUUUUUUGGCCAUUGCGUACAUCCACAUUUCACCUCCUCUGAUCUCUAGCACUCUGUUAUUGCCGACACAAGGGACUUUGUCUACCAAGGCUGUCCUCUGCCUCUCCACUUCGACCUCCCCCUUUCGCUUUUUCCAAAACAUUAUGCCCCCUGAGCCACCAAAGAUGCCGAGUUUCGUCGGCGGGGAUGAUUAA